AUGAUGGAGGACCUGUGGAGUCUGGCUCUUGGACUUUUACAGCUGUGGAUGUUUGUGGUGGUUUUCCUGAUCAUGCUUCCAGCCAUGUUUGGACUGUCACUGGGAGUAACUGGAGUCUACAUUCAAGUUUUGGUUGAAAUUCUGGAGUGGGCCACAAUCCGAAUUCAGAGAGGGCGUGAGGAGCUGCCCAGCGUGCCUGUCCCUCUUCCUAAUGGUAUAAUCAAACGAGAAGGUGGCUCCAUGAAGGAGGAGCUAUGCGAGUUACGCCAUUCUCCCCCCAUUGAGGGAGGUGAAUUUGCCCUCAGUGAUGCCCUAUACUUCUUUAAGAGCGGACUAGAAAGCAUUGUGGACGAUCAGGUGACCCAGAGGUUUUCCUCAGAGGAGCUUGCGUCCUGGAACCUGCUCACACGCACCAACCUGAACUUUCGCUACAUCAGCCUCCGCCUCUCCAUCAUCUGGGUGCUAGGGGUGUUUGUGCGCUACUGCAUACUGUUCCCUCUGAGAAUAACUCUGGCACUCAUUGGUCUGUCAUGGCUUGUCGUUGGUUUGACCAUAAUUGGCUUAUUACCAGAAUCGAGUCUGAGAAGUUGGCUGAGUGAACUGGUCCAUCUGACAUGUUAUAGGAUUUGUGCCCGGGCAUUGUCAGCCACUAUACAUUAUCACAACAAACAGAACAAGCCACAAAGAGGAGGCAUAUGUGUGGCCAAUCACACUACUCCCAUUGAUAUUGUCAUUCUGGCCAAUGAUGGCUGCUAUGCAAUGGUGGGCCAGAUACACGGGGGGCUACUGGGGAUCAUUCAGAGGGCCAUGGUGAGGUCCUGCCCCCACGUCUGGUUUGAGAGGUCUGAGAUGAGGGACCGCCACGCAGUGACCAGUAGGUUAAAAGCGCACGUUGCAGCAAAGACAAAGCUUCCCAUUCUAAUAUUUCCUGAAGGAACAUGCGUCAAUAAUACUUCAGUCAUGAUGUUUAAAAAAGGAAGCUUUGAGAUUGGAGGAACAAUAUAUCCAGUUGCAAUAAAGUACGACCCUCGCUUCGGGGAUGCCUUCUGGAACAGCAGCAAGUUCAACAUGCUCAGCUACCUCCUGCGGACCAUGACGAGCUGGGCAAUAGUGGUCAAUGUGUGGUACCUCCCCCCAAUGACCAUAGAGGAAGGGGAGGAUGCCACCAGCUUUGCAAACAGAGUGAAAUCUGCCAUCGCCAGUCAAGGAGGGCUGCUUGACCUGGCUUGGGACGGAGGCCUGAAACGAGGAAAAGUCAAGGACAGUUUCAAAGAGGAGCAGCAGAAAAUGUACAGCAGUAUUAUCGUGGGGAAAAACUGA